UCUAAUAUAAAUCGGAAAACCUUCAAGCAAGCAACAAUAAACGUGUUUGUUGUGUCGUUCUGUUAAAAUGGUUCCUCAAGUUAAUCUUGAUGAGAGAUUGGGCUUCGAAAUUCAUGAUCACCUCCUCCCAGAGCAGAAGAGAAAGACAAUUCAGUUUGGUAAAGUUGUGGCGCCUUGGCCUCAGGUGCUGGACAGGACGUGUGACAGUGGCACUUUCUUUUGGCCCAGCUUUGCCAGGUGCAUGAACAAGAUUCAUCCACAGCCAAAACGGCCCUACUUUUUUUUUUUCUCUCCCGUGAAUCGUGUAGCUGAGGAAAUUCUUAUCCAUAUCUCAAAUGGAACUUUUUCACACCCAAUCGAAAAAGGUUUGGAGAGGUAUCGCCCACCAAAUGGGAUAUUAAUUCGAAUAUUCCUCAAUUACAUUAUUAUCGCCAUGACUGAUCCCAUUUGAAUCCAACUUAUACUGUUUAACUCAAAAGUCAAAAUUCAAUAAUCUGUACCUACAAAUAAAGUUGCUCCAUAAGAAUAAAGUUCCUCUUGAGCUUGUCCAA